AUGGAGACGGAGUUGCUCGAGGAGCUCCGAGCAGCGCAGGAGGAGCACAAGCGUGCUCUUGCGGCUGCAAACGAAGUGCGCGGGACGCUCGACCACGCGAGGAAGGAGUAUGAAGACGCUCGAGCCGGGGAAAAGGCUAGUGAGGAUGAAUUGGUGAACGCAGCGGAAGCUUUAGCGUUGACCUCUUUGGUGGAGUACCAUGCGAACAUCGGCUGCUACCAAUGUUAUCUCUUCCUAGACGGCCACAAGCAGGGCAACAAGCUCGAGGAGACUUUGGAUGUGGCAAAACUUCAUGUUCGCGUAGAUUUCCCACGCGUGGAACUGACUUACAAGCGCCAAAGUGAUGGAGAGUGCAGUAAGGAAGAUGAAAAAGUUGUGUGGUGGACGGAGAUCGAGCGGAACGUGGAUACUUCUGAGUGCGCAUUGGAAGAUAAGGAAGAUCAUUGGUAUCUGCGACUCCCGAUCCGGCUGAGUGACAAGCAGCCACUGGGCGGGUUCUCCUCGUUCACACAAGUGUCUAACGUUGAGCUACAGCCGGAUAGCUAUGCGUCCGUGUGUUGUCGAGGCUGCAGCGCUCAGCUGCUUGGAAGUACCAGGAUCGAGAAGGUUUUGCCGCUGCCAUCCGCCAAUUGGAUGGACAUGUUUGACUUCUGGGGCGCAGGCAUUGGCGCCUUCGAGCACAUCCCUCGCGAUGAUAUUCAUGCGCAGAAGCAUCGAGUUCUUGUUGGAGAGUCGUACGUCCUACUGCAUGCUAGUGACUUGAAGGCGGACGCGACAGUAGCGAACCGUGAAGAUGCGACUGUGGACAACGCGAAAGAAGACCACGAAUGGAUGCCGCUGACCUGUGCUGCGUGCUCCGAGCGUGUUGGCCUGUCUAAUGUAGAGCAGCCAGACACGGAGGAAGAGAACGUGUUUGCCAAAUACACGAUCGACAGCAUCCUCAGUGCCAAGUUGCUAGAAAUGGCAGAUGCGGAUGGAAAAUUUCGGUUUAUCUUGACCUGGGAGACGAUGAUCAAACAACAAGAUGCGACCAAAUUCCGUCGCGUACUGAAGGUUCUGUAUGGCCCUCGCCAGCCAACAUCCGCGAUUCCUGGACUCUUGCCUUCACACGAAGUGGCACUUCCAGCAGCCAUGUACUCAGCAAUCGCCCAGCGACUUGAAACCAGCUCGACACUGUUGCCGACUUCAUUGCGGGCAUUGAACCGGAUGAGUGUUGGUUAUUUGUUCGCUUGA